CGAGAAUGUUAUCAAACAAUUCUUAUCACUGUAUCUAAUCCCAAUUCAAUAAAUACAUCAUUCAUGGUCAUCUUAUACAAUGAAAAAAUUUUGAUUAAAAUAACUGUGAUGCGAUUGCUGAAAAAAUUCCCGUCGGGAAAGAAUUCGAUCCUGUGUCGAACAUUCACCAGUAACGUUGUGACUCGUCAUCCAAAAUCCAAAUGGUACCUCUCGUAUAAGGAGUACGCCGGUAAAACACUCAGUCUGUACUGCCAAGGAAUGGCAUAUAUUCUCAGUGGUGAUCUUAUACCUCGAAUGCAUUCGAAUAUUCAAAAAGUUCAAUAUUUAUGGGUGAGGAUGCAUAAAAUCGAUUCAUAUCUUAUGCACUUCCUUAUUUUAAGAACCAAUUAA